GGCUGUGACCAAAAUGAAAAUAAACAGCAUAGGAAAAUACUGCGAUCAUGUAUUAUGACUGCUUACCAUUGCGUUCAAUUCAAGGCGGAUCCAGGGAUUGAAGAAACUGGUGGGGUGUCGUAGCAUAUUAUUUAUUUAUUUUUACAAUGGCUGGUAAUGCAUUGAAACGUCUUAUGGCGGAGUAUAAGCAGCUGACACUGAAUCCUCCAGAAGGAAUAUUGGCUGGACCUAUUAACGAGGAAAAUUUUUUUGAAUGGGAAGCGCUCAUCACUGGUCCCGAAGGUACGUGCUUUGAUGGAGGUGUGUUCACGGCCAAGCUCACGUUUCCGCCGGACUACCCUCUGAAUCCACCCAAGAUGCAGUUUUCCUGCGAGAUGUUCCACCCAAAUAUUUACGCGGACGGCCGCGUCUGCAUCUCGAUCCUGCACGCACCCGGCGACGAUCCCAUGGGCUACGAGACGUCGGCCGAGCGCUGGAGCCCCGUGCAGAGCGUUGAAAAGAUCCUGCUGUCCGUCGUCAGCAUGCUGGCUGAGCCAAACGACGAGAGUGGCGCCAACGUGGACGCGGCCAAGAUGUGGCGCCAGGACCGGGCCCAGUUCCAGAGCAUUGCCCAGCGGCUGGUUCGCAAGACGCUAGGUCUGCCGCCCACUGCGUGACUGCGUCACGCCUGGUGACGUCACACCGUACUCAACAGUGACGCCAUGCCCGCAGCAGUCACGUGCUGACACCGCGCGUGGUGGCGCGACGUUGUGUGGUUGGUGCCACCUAAUGGGCGGUGAGAGGGGUGGCCCGUGGGGCCGUACGCGCGCCUCGCCCCGCCCCGCCGGACGCUGGGUUCGGGCUGUCUCUCGAUGUGGACUCGACAGGAUCUCUGACGGACUGUAGGCUAGCUACUGCCCGCGCGCGAGUGCUGAGGCUGGUGGGA